AUGCCUUUACAGACCAGGAUGAUCGCCGCCAUGGUUGGUGUGGCUCUUGCUGCGCAGGCGGCCAUGCUCGUACUCUGGAGCCAACACACUCUCCCCGGCAAGGAAAACGAGGAAAACAAAGAAAACGUUCCGAAACGAUCAACGGUGAAUAUCCGUCGUUAUCUGAUGCAUUACGAUGUUCAUCACCGAAAGAAAAGAUCCGAUGGGCACGGAGGAGCCCUUUGA